AUGUCAUCUGGCGGAGGAAAUCAGAAGUCUGACGGACAAGUCGAAGAGGACGCUGCUGAGUGCAAGUUUCCAAAAGGUAAUUUGUUUCAAAUACACGCAGGAAAAACUUAAAUGUAUUCAGAGUUCGAAACGAACACUUGCGAUGCUCUUCUCACUGCCGAAGUCUAUUUGCUCCUCGAGCAUCGUCGUCAAUCGAGCGAAUCGAAAGAUGAAAUCGAAGAGAUGAGCGAGGUGAGAACAAUCUGUUUCGUCCAAUCGAUUUCCCUAAUUGCCUCAUUUAGGUAUUCAUCAAGACGCUCAAUUACGCUCGGCGCAUGUCCCGCUUCAAAAAUCGUGAGACGAUCCGUGCCGUCCGCGCAAUUUUCUCGGAGAAGCAUUUGCACAAGUUCGAAGUGGCCCAGAUAGCUAAUCUUUGCCCGGAGAAUGCCGAAGAGGCGAAAGCGUUGGUGCCGUCGCUCGAAAACAAAAUCGAAGAAUCGGAGCUCGAGGAAGUGCUCAAGGAUCUGCAGUCGAAGAGAACAUUCCAGUAA